AUGUUCGAUAAUUUCAGAUUACAUGACGUAUUUCACACUUUGGAAAAUAAUGGAUGUGAUCUGCAUAUUAAUAUGGUUGUGGAGAAAUGCGACUGGGAUCUGUAUUCCUUCCUAAAGGACAUACCUCGUGAUAUGCCAGAUCAUCAGUGCAGACUGAUAGCUAGGCAGAUAUUUGAAGGCGUGGACUUUUUACAUAGCAAUAACAUCAUCCAUAGGGAUCUUAAGCCACAAAACAUUCUUAUUAAUCGUGAUCAAACUGUUAAAAUUGCUGACUUUGGUUUGUCGAGAAGUUACACUACACAGAGCUGCUUUACUACCGUAGUUGUUACUCUUUGGUAUCGAAGUCCGGAAUUAUUACUACAAUGUAGCUACAAUACGGCAGUUGACGUUUGGGCUAUAGGAUGCAUCGUGAGCGAGUUGUAUCAAAGAUUGCCACUGUUUCCUGGCCAAACGGAAGCACAACAGCUGAGCAUUAUCUUUCAAAAAAUGGGAACACCUCGAUCUUCACUCUGGCCACAUGACGCCAUCGUUGAACGGUCCAAUUAUCCAUCUUAUCCUGCUCAGCCGCUUGAAAGGUUAAAUCCAAGAUUACCUGCUGACGCCUUACCCGUUAUUAAUGGCUGUUUGACAUUUGCGGCAGAACAACGUCUGACAGCUCGAGAAGCUCUUCAAAUGACAUUCUUUAACCAAGAGAACGAAGAUUCUUUACGAAAAUAG